UAACAUUAGAGAAGACAGUUUUUUAUAUCUUUUUCUUUAAUGGAUUACUUUUGGAGAAGAAACAGAAGGACGAAUUUCAGGACAGAACCACAGAAGCGAAGAAGAAGAAGAAGAUGAUGAUGGACACAGGAUCAGAAUCCGACAUGAUGAGCUUCGACCUCUCAUCAUCAUCAUCAUCAUCACCUUCGCCGAAACCCAUGGCGUAUUACGUCCAAAGCCCUUCGUCACGUGACUCGCACGACGUGGACGACGACGAGUCAUCCACGACGGCGCUGACUCAGGCCACCGCCACUCCGAUCUACGACUCGCCGUCCGAGUCUUAUUCGUACGGCCCAUUUUCCCGUCUGUCCUCCUCCAGCAGCAGCGGAGGAUUCCGGUGGAAAGGUCGGAGAGGAAUGUGGCCGCCGCCCCCGCCCCCGCCCCGGCCGGAGGGACAUGUGUUCCACGAGGUGGGAGGUGGUCGGUACGAGGAUCUGUAUGGAGACAAGGGAUGGAUUUCGACAUGGAAAUGCAGAGUUCUUCUGUUCAUGGUUGCUGUUGCAUUGAUCUUCACUGUUUUCUGUUCGAUCGUCUGGGGAGCUAGCAAACCUUUCAUUCCUGUUGUCAUCGUCAAGAGUUUGAAGGUUCACGGUUUCGAGCUGGGAGGUGGUUUAGACAGGACAGGAGUUCCCACAAACAUUCUGAGCAUGAAGAGCUCUGUAAAUAUGACAGUAGAGAAUCCAGCUUCUUUCUUCGGCAUCCAUGUCAGCUCCUCUCCCCUCAAGCUCAUCUUCUAUGACUUCACUCUCGCCACUGGUCAGCUGAAGAGCUAUUACCAACCAAGAAAGAGCAAGCACAUGGCCAUGGUGGAGCUUACGGCCGUCAAGGUUCCUCUGUACGGAGCAGGACCGUACUUGGCUGCUUCGGACAGGAAGGGGAGAGUUCCGGUGAAGUUGGAGCUUGAGAUCCAAACAUGUGGGAACAUUAUCGGAAAACUUGUCAGGUCAAAGCAUCGGAAUCACCUCUCCUGCUCCUUCUACAUCUCUUCCAGGAACAGCAAACUCAUCCAAUUCACUGACAAGACAUGUAGACAUGUUAUCAAGUAAACACUCUUCAAUCUGCA